AAAAAAAAAAAAAAAAAAAAUAAUCAUGUACGCAUAUUGAUUCGUGAUUUUUUUUCCCAUCUAAACCUAUAUAGUAGAAUCAUAAAUAAUAAAUUCAUUUUAUUAUUUAAAACAUCAACAUUAGUGAACAUUCACGAAUCAUUUUGUAUCGACAAACAUUAAUCAAAUGAAAAUGGCUUUAAAUUCAUAUUUAUGUAAUUUUAUACAAUCACCAGUUGGUUAUGCAUUCGAUAUUGAAAAAGCCCGUAUCGACAAUGAUCGUUCAAUAUCCGAUCAAUUAGAUCAAGUAUUUCAUACGUUAACAGUGAUUUAUGCCGAUGAUGUUGAACUUAUUGAUUAUAUUCAAAGAAUUAGACAUGAUGUUGAUCUUGUACUACAACAGGCACCAUUAUUCGAUUUGGAUGAUCAAACACAAGGAAAUGGUUAUUGGACACUUUUAAUUAUAAUGAUUAAAUUUGGUCGUAUAUUAUCGACCCCUGAUUUGAAGAAAAAAAUUGGACGAUUACCAUUGAUACAUUUGAUGCAAAUAAUGGUUGAAGGAUUAAAAGUUGGUCUACAAUUACAUACACCGAAAUUGAAAUCAAUGCAACAAAUCGAUUCAAAUGGAAAAGUUGAUCUAAGUUUAUUCACAGAUGAAAUGGAUUUUGAAGGCAUUUUAGAUCUAAUACAAUCGUUAAAAGUUCCAAUGAAUUCUCUACAUGAACAUUUCAAUUUUUGUUGGCUUGGUUCUAUGUCCAAAGUGAUGCAAUUGUUCACCAAUUUUAUGGCCAUUUAUUCAACUCAAUGGAAAUCAUUUAAAAUUUACAAUUGGUUAAGCCAUAAAGCAAGAGCUCAAAUGUUUACCAAUAUGGUUUUGAACGUUAAUGUUGAUUGCCUGCAAAGCAUGUGGAAUAUAACGGAAUUUCCAUUGGUGCGAAUAUUUACACCAAGUUUUUGGAAUCGUUUUAUACUUGAAAAUAUCAACAUUUAUGCACCACGUCAACGUCGGUGGAUUAUCGAUGCAACAAAACCCAUUAUACAUGAUCGUCGUGCCGAUCCAAAUGUUCCAUAUCCAAUAAUGAAACAAUCAUCCAUACGUGGACUUUUAUUCCGUUAUCGUCAUAAUCCUAAAAAUAAAUCCUUAAUGUUCCAUUUACAUGGCGGUGGAUUCAUUAGUCAAUCACCAGAAUCACAUGCAUGUUAUUUGGUUAAAUGGGUUAGAAAAUUAGAUGAUAUACCAAUUUUAAGCGUAGAUUAUUCCCUAAGUCCACAGGUAAUUUUUCCUGAAGCAUUACAAGAAAUUCUUGACAUGUACCUAUGGAUACUAAGCAAAGAUCCUGAAGUUGAAAAAACUUUUGGAUUUUUACCUGAAAAAAUUGUUUUCUGUGGUGAUAGUGCCGGUGGAAAUUUUUCAAUGGCUAUGAUGCUCAUUUUGAAUCAGAUACAGAAAAAAAUUGCAGAAUCUGAAGAUAAACAAAAAUAUCGCUAUCCAAAUGGACUAUUUCUGUUUUAUGCACCAUUAGUAGUCGCUACGAUGGUGAGUCCAUCACGAAUUCUUACUUCGAUCGAUGGUCUAAUUCCACUGGGUACUUUGCUCAAUUGUCUUGGUGCAUAUUUACCCGAUGAAAUAUUCGAAGAUAAUCUACCCAAAGAAGAAAAUAUUGAUUAUGCUAAUGGUAAAGAAACUGUUGCAUAUCAGGUGGGUGGAUAUUUUAUCAAUAAAUUAAAAGAUGUACUCAGUUAUUUGCUUCAAUUAAAAGUGGUAUAUCGUAUUAAACCAUGGUAUCGAAGAACGGGCAAUCUGAAGAAAUGUUUGGAUAAAAUGAAUACAUUCGUACAGAAUCCCUUUGUUUCGCCAUUAUUGGCUGAAAGUGUGAAAGAUUUUAAUCAUAUACCACUAUAUUUAUAUCCAUUGACAUUUGAUGCAUUUUUGGACGACAGUAUUGAAAUGGCUAAACGAUGGCAAAAAGAUAAAGUCAAGGUGGAAAUACUUGAUGAUCUACCACAUGGAUUUUUGAAUUUUGUUGAAUUUGAUUAUAAAGCACGCAAAGCAAGUUAUAAAUGUAUAGAUAGAAUUAGUGAAAUUUUAAAACACAUUGAUGAUUGAUUGAUCGACUAUAAUUUUCGAGAAUGUUUAUGUUUAUUAUUUUUAUUAUUAUUCAUUUUCUGUUCCAAUAAAUUUAAUACAUGAUCUUGUUGAUCAUCGGAAACAUA